AUGUUGACCACGAAGCACUAUAUUCCUUGCAGGCGUUUGCCCAAUUUCAUUCCCACCAUGAGCAAGCCAUGCGACGGUGCCAAUCCCAAGACGGAGUGGCCUGAGCUGGUCGGGCGCACGAUCAAGGAGGCGGAGGAGAAGAUCAAGGCGGACCGACCGGACCUCAAAGUUGUCAUUGUCCCGGUAGGAAGUGUUGUGACACAGGAGGUCGAUCUGAACCGCGUCCGCGUCUGGGUCGACACAGUGGCGGAGGUUCCCAAGAUUGGCUAA